AUGCGUGACCGUGAGAGGAGCACCGCGGACGAGCUCCAGCUCGAGGCCUUGGGCCAUAAAGGAGAGCUUCAGCGGAACUUCUCAUUCCUGUCGAUGCUAGGUUUAGGGUUCGCUAUUCUAAACUCAUGGACAGCACUCUCCGCCUCACUAUCUCUUGCCCUCCCCAGCGGCGGGUCGACCAGCGUCAUAUGGGGCCUCAUUACAGCAGGCAUAUGCAACUUAUGCUUAGCAGCAUCGCUUGCCGAGUUCCUCUCCGCAUACCCAACCGCUGGUGGCCAAUAUCACUGGGUCGCCGUCAUCUCCUGGAAGAGAUAUGUGCCUCUUCUCUCUUGGAUCACAGGUUGGAUCAACGUCUCUGGCUGGAUCGCUCUUGUCGCCAGUGGGGGGUUGCUUGGAUCACAAAUAAUCAUCGGUAUCAUCUCAAUGUACUCUCCCAGCUACAGCCCGGAACGCUGGCAUCAGUUCCUUAUCUACAUCGGCUACACUCUAGCAGCCUUCUUUGUUAAUGCUUUCUUGAACGAUCUACUACCAUACGUGAACAAGGGUGCCAUUACUUGGUCAAUUGCCGGCUUUGUAGUGAUUUCUAUUACCAUUUUGGCCUGCGCGUCUCCAGAUUACGCUUCUGGCGGUUUCGUGUUUCGUCAGUUUGUCAACGAAACUGGCUGGCCUGAUGGGAUUGCUUGGUUACUUGGUCUGCUACAAGGUGGCCUCGGUCUGACCGGAUACGAUGCCGUUGCACACAUGAUAGAAGAGAUUCCUAAUGCAUCCGUUGAAGGGCCGAAGAUCAUGAUCUACUGCGUCGCGAUUGGAACAUUCACCGGCUUCAUUUUUCUAGCCUGCCUGUUAUUCGUUUCUGGCGGCAAUACGGAAGAAAUCAUUGCAUCUCCGCUCGGACCCCUACUCUACAUCAUCCACAACGCUACCCAGAGCCGCGCAGGUUCCGUGUGCCUCCUCAUGUUUCCAUUAGUCUGUCUCCUCUUCGCCACGACAGCCAUCAUGACGACGUCGUCGCGUAUGGCGUACGCCUUUGCGCGGGAUGGUGGACUACCCUUUUCCCCAUUUUUCGCAGAGGUGCACAAACGAUUAGGGCAACCACUGAACUCGCUGAUCUUGACAACGGUAUUGACAGUCAUUUUCGGGUGCAUUUUCCUGGGCUCAAGCAGCGCGUUCAACGCCAUCAUCUCCGCGUCCGUCGUUGCUCUCGGUGUCAGCUACGCCAUACCCGUCGCCAUCAAUUGUUUGCGAGGAAGGAAGAUGCUUCCUCCCAGGGCGUUCUCGCUUCCUGGUUGGUUCGCAUGGCCGGCAAACCUGCUCGGCAUCGCUUAUGUCAUCGUCACGACGGUACUCUUCGUCUUUCCGCCAGAACUACCCGUCACAGGCAGCAACAUGAACUACUGCAUCGUCGCAUUUGCCAUCAUCAUUAUUAUCAGCACGGUCCAGUGGUUUGUUGAUGGGCGGAAGAACUUCACCGGUCCGCGGACAGAUCUGGGAUUAGAGGCGCUCGAAGUUGUGCAAUCAGAACACCAGGACGAUCUGCACGGUGUCCCUGAUGGCAAGAAGUAUGACGAAGAACCGCGAGUAUAG